CUGUGGGGACCCCCAAAGGGAGCAGCCAAAAGAAGAAGACUGACCUAACGUGACAUGUUAAAGUACAUUUGAUCCGCAGUAACUUAGUCAAUAUAGCCAUCAGCUUGAUGGCAACUAAACACUAUCAUUAACAAAUCAUCACUACUGUUUGUGGUAAAUUUACCACCUACUUUACCACCUACUGAUUGCGAUGUAAACCAGGCUGCUAUCACGGCUAACUAGCUAGCUUCAAUGCAUGCACUAAACACCAGCACGCUUGUGUAGUAAGUUAAUAUAUCGUUAAGGCCACCAACAAAAUCAUUUGAUAUGUACGUCAGAUUGCGGCUUCAUCUACAUAAACUGUGGAGGUAAAUAAUUUAACUGAAAAAUAACAAACCGAGCUUACUUUCCUCUGUCGUCCAGUUAGCUUAGCUUCUCCCGGUAGUUACGGUCGUUAUUUACGUUGUGCACGUCAUCAAAGUGCGACGCACAAUAUACGGCGUUUUUCCCCGUUUGCUGAACAACUGCUCCGUGUAAAUAAAAUUACACACCAUAUUUUUUAACAGCUUUGGCAUUAUUCUAACGGACGGUGUGGUGUUGGUAAGAACUACUGUGAAGAGUGUUUUAUUUGAGUCCAGUAUGAGCGGGGGUUUGGCACCAAGCAAAAGUACCGUCUAUGUGUCGAACCUGCCAUUCUCUCUCACCAACAAUGACCUACACAAGCUAUUCAGCAAAUAUGGCAAAGUUGUAAAGGUCACGGUGGUUAAGGAUAAAAACACUCGGCAGAGUAAAGGAGUGGCGUUUGUUCUCUUCCUGGAUAGAGAGUCGGCUCAUAACUGUGCAAGAGCAGUGAACAACAAACAGUUAUUUGGCAGAACGGUUAAAGCCAGCAUUGCCAUAGAUAAUGGACGAGCAGCAGAAUUUAUAAGGAGACGGAACUACACAGACAAAAGUAGAUGCUACGAAUGUGGGGAUUCCGGACAUUUGAGCUACGCAUGUCCCAAAAACAUGCUGGGAGAGAGGGAACCUCCGAAGAAGAAAGAAAAGAAAAAGAAGAAAAAGGCUCAACAGCCCGAGCAAACCGAAGAAGAAGAAGAAGAAGAAAGUGAGGAAGAGGGAGAAGACCCAGCUUUAGAUAGCCUAAGCCAAGCCAUAGCUUUUCAGCAAGCCUGUAUUGAGGAAGAACAGAAAAAACAGAAGAGGCUGGCAGAGGAUAAUGCUCACGCUUCAACGUCGUCAGACUCCAAGAAGCCACGGAUCAAAAAGAGCGCGUACUUCAGUGAUGAGGAGGAGCUCAGUGACUAAUGGAUGUAUAGACUUGAAUGUUUUAUUUGGAUAAAUAUGGACAUUUUUUGAGCUGUCUUUUUUUUGUGCAGGUGUAAAAUAUGUUUCAAACUUUAUCAUAUGCUGAUAAAGUUAGAAUUGACACACAAAAAAUCCAAUGUUUUAAGUGCAAAAUCAGAUUUCAAAAAAAAAAAAAGCCAAACAGUUUGGGUACUGCUUUGGCUGGUUGUAGAUAAAAUCUGAUCUUUUUAUAUGCUGCCAGUUUUCUAUUAAAUGUUAAAGGUGA